AUGCCUCGUGAAGUCUCCGACAUUAAGCAGUUCAUCGAGAUCUGUCGGCGCAAGGAUGCCUCCUCUGCCCGCAUCAAGCGCAACCGCAAGUCCCAGCAGAUCAAGUUCAAGGUCCGCUGCCAGCGUUUCAUCUACACCCUUGUCCUGAAGGACUCCGACAAGGCCGACAAGCUGAAGCAGAGCUUGCCCCCAGGUGCGUUCCUUUCCCGAACUAUCCGAGAUAUUUCCAGACGAGGCAGCCGACUAGUUCAAUUCGCAUGCCACCUGGUUGCUCUCAAGGUUGUCGACGUGUCCAAGGGUGACAAGAAGAAGGCUCUGUAA